AUGAUUCUUCUCCCACUACUACUACUACUACUACUACUACUACCACCUCUACCACUACCACCAACACCACCACCACCACCACCACCACCAUAUGAAGAAGGGUUUGGCAGUGAUAACAGAUUUCCUGAACCUGCCUCUACCCGAGAAGUUCACCAUCGCAUUGAACCAUUACAUACUGUGCCAGCAAACAUAACACGAUUCAGUGCGCAAGCAAAUUACCGCCGCUAUGAUCGCUAUCCAGAUGUGGCUCCCCCAGGCACUGAGACAGAAUUGCCAACAUUGGUCUCAUUUGACAAGCCCCAACAGAGGUAUGACCGUGGCUAUGAAAGACAGCCUGGUUAUGAUAAUCGGCAACCACCUGAAGAAUUCUUAACACCACCUGGUGUGGACCAUCGUCAGCCGGAACCUAUGAACUACAUUGGUUCUACACGAGAUAGAGACACUACGGGUAAUAGGGAAAGAGAGGUUAUUCCUCCAGGUGUGCGUGAGCGAGAUGUUUUACCUGUGACACGUGAUAUAAAUAAUACAGUCACACGUGAGAGAGAAAUACCGGGAACAAAUGUAAGAAACAGGGACCGUGAUUUUGCUGUAAGAGAUAGAGACUGGGAUGUACGAAAAAGGGAUAAUGAAGUUCCAGUUGUCAGGGAUAGCAUACGUGCAGUUCGUGAGCAGGAUGUCAAUGAUAGAACUCGGGACAAGGACAGAGACAAUAACGAUAGGGAGAGAGUCCAUGACAGGGAUUAUUACGAAGCAGAUCAUCAUCGUUUCUACGAGUAUAAAUCCUUUGCAUACAAUUCACCUGACACCAAGAAGCGAAGGCAGUCAUCUUCACCUCUUAGGCACGGGGGUAGUAGGGAAAGGUAUUCAAGUGGUGAAAGACAUCACAAACAUGGUAGGAAUGGUAGCCAUGGUAACAGACGAAGAAAUAUGCAGCGUGAUGGAGGAAAGGAAAAUCACCAUUCAUCACAACAACCUCUUUCAGCUUUAGAUGUUACUCGUGAGAGGGAAAAAGAUCGUGAGAAGGAUCAACGGGAAAGAGUUCUUGUGGAAGUUAGGAAGGAACCGUCAGUGGAACAAGAAAGAGUGGAAAAAGAGAGAGUGGAAAAAGAGAGAAUUGAAAGAGAGAGAGUGGAAAAAGAUAGGGUGGAAAAAGAUAGAGCUGAAAAAAGUAGAAUUGAAAAAGAUAGAAUUAGAAAAGAGGAUAAAACUAAAAGAGAAGAAGACAAAGACAAGGAGAAGAAAAGUAAGGAGAAGAAAAAGAAAAAGAAAGAGAAAGACGGUGAUGGUGAUAGGAAGAAGAAAAAGAAACAGAAGGAAAAACGAGAUAUUCGGAAGGAAGGAAUUGAAGGUGGAAAGGGACAACAAAAGGUAAAAUAUGUAACUGAAAGACCAAUCAAAGUUGUUCACAAACCGGAACAUGAAAUUCAAGAAAAUUCAGAACUAUCGGAAUCCCACACUCCCGAAAAACCAUGUCCUGUAUUGCUUUCGAAACCACAACCAGUAGAAGAAAAAUCAAAACCUCUUCCCAUUAGUACUGUGAUCACAGAUAAGGCAAAAGGAGUAUUGCUUAGGUCCUUUGAUGCGCCUGCAUCAUCCACCAUUAUUGAUGGACUAUAUGCCGAUAUUGAUGAUGCUAGAAUUGAUGAUACUGUUGUGGCUAGAUAUGGCAAAGUCAUUCCAAAUGUAAAAGUACUUUCAGAAGCAGUAGAAACUAGCACUGAAGUUGCAGAGGCAUGUGAAGUUACAGAAAAUGAAGCAAAUGAGGUACAAACUGGAGAGAAUGUGAAAGAUGAUGACAGUGAUGCAAUAAAGAAAGAAGAAACGGAAUCCGAAUCUAAAGCAAUGUCAUCCUUAGAUACGGAUCAAACAACUGAGACAAGACCUAAUGUAAUGCUGGCUCCACUGCCAGAACCUUCGAAGUGGGAGCUUGAUGAGGAAAUUCCCAGUCAAACAUAUGAAGAUAAAAGUGGUGAUGAAAGAAUUAGCAAUUCUGCAUCUUCUGAAAAAUCAGGAAAAAUAGUUACAUCUGAAGUUCUAAAACGUGCUGAGAAUGCAAUUUUUCAGAAAGCAAUUAAUGCUAUUCGUCCCAUUGAACCAAUGAAGAAAUUACCUGCUGAAAGAAAGGUUUAUGCUGCCACAGAUAAAGAUAAAAGAAUUUCAGGAGAUACAGCUAUCUCAGAAUUAAUUGAUGAUAAGAGAAAGUUAAUGGAAAAAGAUGCACGUGAAGCAAGAAAAACAGCCAAUUCUAUACAGAUUACAAUACCCAUUGCAGGUCAUACAGAACGGUCUGUGGAAGUCUCUCCUGUGCAGUCAGUAGCAAAUAUUAGUAAGAGUAAAACUAAGUUAGACAGAUCUAAAUUUGCUUCUACAAGUUCAUGGGGUGAGGGAAAUGAAAACACUUCACCACAAAGGAUAUCUGCAAAAGAGCGUCUGGGAGCAAGAGUUGAUUCAGAAAUUACCAAAAGUAAGGAAGAUGGACGAGAUAAAGAAAGGCACGAUGUGCUUCAACAGGGCAGCUACAGUGAUAAAGAUGACAGACGACGGAAACUCUUAAGAAACAGGAGUAGGAGCGACAGCAGGGAAAAAGAAAGAAUAUCAAAACAUACCAGUAGAAAGGGGCUCAAGAGUGCCGUAGAGCGAAGACGCACUAUUUCCAGAUCACGAUCUAGGACGCCUCAUAUGAAACUGCAACCUAUUGAUCGUGGGAGAGAACUCAAGGAUAUGUCUCGUUACCCAGAUAUUUUAGACAGGAGAUAUGAGGUUCCUGUGGACCUACGAGAUCGUAAACAUUCUGAUACAAUUGAUUUACGAAGAAAAUAUGGUGAUGUAGACUCCAGAAGCAGAAGGGAGAGAGAAACUCGGGAACUACGAUAUGUGGACAAUGAUAGGGAAAGACGAUAUGUGGAGUCUACAAAAAGAACAGAUACUCGAGAACAGCGAGACAGACGAAAUGUGACACCUGAGAAAAGGAGAGAGCGAAGUUUGAGCAGGGAAAAAAGAAGUGAAAAAUUCAAGCAGAGGGAGGAAAGGGAGAAAGAAAAAUCUGUGGAAGGUGGUAAAGCAAAACACAAGACAAAGAGGAAGGGUAAGACACGAAGAUCUGGAAGUGAAAGUAGGAAUAGAAAGAAGUCUGUGUUUGAUAGGGAGUUAAAACGAAGCAAAAAGAGAGAGAAGAAACAUAAAAAAGAGAAAGUAAAGAAACACAAACAGAAAGUGGAGAAAGAGGAGAAGAAGGAUGAAGAUGAAAGUAUUGUGGAUAAAGAACCUCUGAGAGAAACAGAUCCACUGGCAUCAAAAGAUUUCAAAGCUAAUCCAUCUAACGAAAGUGAAAUGCAACAAGAAGAAGAAAAUUUGAAAACAACCAGUAACACAAACAAUUCCAAAACUGACACAGUUAGUGAGGUGACAAAAGAUAAAGCACGUAAAGGUCUCAGGAGAAACCCAAGACUUGCCAGUGACCGCAAAAAAUCAACUUUGGAUGAAGCCAAUUUUGAACCUGACUAUGAUGCCUCUUCAUCUGCUGAAAGUGAUGCGGAUGAAACAGUUGAAAUGGAAAAACGAGGUGAAACAGAUAGAAAGUCAGCUUCAUCAACAACGAAAGCAGAAUCACCACCAAAGAAACGAGAGAGAUCUGGUAGUAUUGAAGAUCAGUCUACUGGUUCUGAGAAGAAAAGACAGAAGGCAGAAAAGGAUUUUACUGAUGAAACAAAGAAGAAUGUUAAACCAACUAGCUCAAAAUCUAAUAAGAAAAGAGGACGUUCAGUCAGCAGUUCCAGAGAUGAGACCUCAGAUGAAGAUAGUUCUGAUGAGAGUUCCAGUUCUGUUACUUCUAGUAGCUCUGAGGAAGAAUCAUCAGACGAUUCCUCAUUCAAACGACAAAGAAAAAAGAAAUCACACCGUAGACGCCAUAGGCGCUCAAAGAAAUCAUCACGCCAUGCAGAAACGAGUAGUGAAAGUGAGUCAGAAUCAGAGUCCGAUGAUGGUUCUAGUAGUGAGUCAGAUGGUGGUAGGAGCAGAAAGACUCAAGGAAGAAGUAAAAGAAGACAUCAUCGCAACAAAGCUAAAACUUCAAAAAAGAAGAGGAAAUCAAAACAUCGAUAAAGAACAACUUCUUGAAGUGCGUAGAUAGUGUAAGUAUGUGAUAUUGUCAUAAGAAAAAUGUGCACUUUAAGACAGUAUGUUUAUGUAGACUAAAGUCUUAAGUAUGCAUGGAGUGCAAGAAGUGAAAUGUGUUUGUUAAUCCACUGUAGUAAAAUUAUUGGAAUUUGCUCAGUAUGUGAGCAAUUUAGUGAUACAGAAUGUGUCUCCAGCUGUUAGAAACAGUGAUACAUUCGUGGCUGGUAUUCAUUUCCUACAAUGAGGUACAUUGUAUAUAUGAAGAAAAGAGACAGAAAAUAUAUUUCCUUUGCUUACAUUAAA